UUUCAGGGAGACAGAGAGAUACAAAAGGUUCUAGAAACUUCUGAACACACAGAGACUCACAUAAUGAUACAAGAAAGGCAAGCUCAAGGUGGAGAGAAGAGAGUCUGCUGGUCCUUGAAGCUCUGGUCCAUUGCUCUGAUUUCCAUCAUACUCCUCAGUGCUUGUUUCAUUGUGAGCUGUGUCGUGACUUACCAUUUUGCAAGUAACAAAUAUGACAAAAGACUGUCUGUACUACAUACAUAUCAUUCAAAUCUAAUCUGCUUCAGUGAAGGGACAAUGGUGACAGAAAAAGUCUGGGGAUGUUGCCCAAGUACUUGGAAGCCAUUUGGUUCAAGCUGCUACCUCAUUUCUACUGAACAACAUUUUUGGGCUAAGAGCGAAGAGAAAUGUGCUGAAAUGGGGGCACAUUUGGUGGUGAUUAAUACAGAAGCAGAACAGAAUUUCAUUAUCCAGCAGCUGAAUGAAACAUUUUCUUAUUUUCUGGGGCUCUCUGAUCCACAAGGGAAUAAUAAUUGGCAAUGGAUUGAUCAUACACCUUUCGAAAAAAAUGUCAGAUUCUGGCACCAAAAUGAGCCCAAUUUUUCUGCAGAGCAGUGUGCUACAAUAGUUUUCUGGGAAUCUAGAGGAUGGGGUUGGAAUGAUGUUUUCUGUGAUUCUAAAAGGAAUUCAAUAUGUGAGAUGAAGAAGAUUUACCUAUGAGUAUCAAUUUAUUCAUUGACACCAUGAAAAUUCAGACCCAUCAUAAAAUGAUAAUUAUUUGUAAUGUACAUGCAAUUCUUGUGUCACAGAGAUUUAUGGACAUAUUCCCCUGCUUUUUUCACUUUAAUCAAUCCUCUUCUAGUUUCUCAUUUUCCCUAAUAAUAGAAUAAGUCUUUUCUCCCUUUGUUCUGCUCUUUCAUUUAUUAUUUAUUCUUUUUUCACCUUUCUUUAUACAUACUUCCACAUGCAUUCCUUGUUCCAGAGAUUACACUAUUUUAUUUGUUAGAAGAAUUAUAAGACAGCAUUAUUUGAAAAUUAUGCCUCUGUUACUAAAAAUGCCAUAGAGAAAUCCCUAUGAUUAAGAUUGUGAUUAGAAUUGCAGUUUUCUGAAGGACUAACAAGGGCUGAGGGAUCUAAUUUAGAUUGCUCACUCUUGGCUGGUAACUUAGCAUUGGCUGUUAGAGGGCUUCCGCUCCUCAUCAUAUGGAAAUCACUCUCAAGCUACUAGCAUGUUCUCACAAUACAGUAGCCACCUUGCUCUAGAACAAGUGACCUAAGAACACAAAUGAAAGCAGCAAUGUCUUUAAUCAUCUAGCCUUAACAGUUACAUGCCAUAACUUUGGCUAUACUCCACUGGUUAGGUGAGAAAAACACAGCAAACAGCCUACUUUGAUCUCCUGGGCUCUGAAGCAGAAAGCCACAAUGUGGGUGUUUCAAGAUGGCCCUUUGCUUCAGCUCUCCAAGAAAUGCAGAGUACUUUUCAAACAACAGAUUAUCGUGCAGAUUGUCUCUCUGUUCUACAGAUUCUUUUGUGCCAAAUUUAUUCACUCUGUUUUUGUCUCUUUCUGCCAGUCACUCCUCCCCUCUGAGAUAAACUGGUGUUGCUGGUGCCACCAGCCUAGCUCCAAAGUACUCUUUCUUGUCCUAUGUUCAAAGAACCUGACUUUCUGUGUCUCUAAGAUUCUCUUACCAUCCAGUAUUGAAUUUCAGUGAAUCCCUUCUGUCCCCCACUUCAUUGAGAAGCCACACUCCUUCUGCUUGAAUCCCAGGCCACGGAGUUGCUAAAAAAUGUACCCUUUCUCUAUUCCACCAUAUUUCCUUCUUCUAUUAAUUAUUCCUUUGUAUUU